UCUAGAGUUCAUUGUCACAGUCCUAUGAGGCAAAAAAGGAAUUGAGAACAAAAUGCACGGGAGGAAACACAUGGCAGGUAGAUCGGAAAUUUCACAAACUUUAAAAUUUAAAGGGAUGAGAAACUGUCAAGAAUCUAAGAAGCUUAAUUCUUCGGUGGAUAGGUUUAAAAAGGAAUACGAAAAGAAACUUCGGGAAUUGUCGGUGCAGCAAUCAGUUCUCCUCGAAUCUCAAAGGAGACGAGAAUCCCGAAGACGCUCUCUCCCCUCAACGGCUGACCCAAAGAGCGAAGAUGAAAUGAGAAGCGUCGCCGAAAAGAUCUUGCAACGGAGUUCUCUCUCCGAUUCCGCCUUGGAUCAGUACGCUAAGGGGCUAAGAUCUGGAUUAAAGGGCGAAAACAAAUCUCCAUUAUCGACGUCUCCUCUUCUAAAAUUGCCGAGUAUAACAAUCCAGAAAGAUGCAGGAACAGGGAAGAUAGAGUUAGAGGAAGUCACGCCGACAAAGACGCCAAAAAACAAGCUCAAGUACUCGAAACAAGCGCAAGCAAGGCUGGAUAUACAAGAUUUAACGACCAAGCUAUCGAACGGUUAUUCCGCAUCCAUUAUUGCAUCUCCACCAAUGACGAGAUCAGCGCGAAGGGGGAGUUUACAAGUCACGAAUUUGUUUUCUUCGGCUGUGGAAGUAGCUGUCUCAAAUCGAAGGGUGUUGAUGCGGAGAGGAAGCUGCCCUGACUUGAGCUUAAACCUGUGGGCUAAGGACAAGAAAUUUAUCGGGGGGAACUGUAGCGGGACAUUCGAAAACCAAAACUUUACCAGACAGGUGGAGGAGAUGAAGAGGUGUCGAUAUUUGAGGUUUCCCACUUCCAUUAGAGAGGAUGAUGAAGAAAAAAAUGAAUCGGGUUUUACAGAAAAAUGACCAUCUUAGUAGCGAGUACGGCAACUGGGAAAGGUGUAACGAUUUUGGAGGAAAUCGUGUUUAAAGUUCAGAAACUAACUCUCACUGUGGAUUAAAAUGUAACAGCUUAUUCACGGAUGUACCUGAUUCCAACAAAAGAAUAAGAAGGCAAAGGUGAUCCAUUCUUCUGCGACAAAGUACAAUGUUACUCAAAUGUAUGUACUGCACAUUUCUCAAUUUGUAUUAUGACUUACUCUUUUCCAAAGGCAUGCACUUAUCAGUCAUCGAUGUAAUAAAGGGAUUUCUGAAGAACUGUCUCUCGCUCGACUGUAGACUGUAGAAUGUAACGGUUUCGCAAAUUUUCAAACUUUUUUUGUAGUCCUUUUAACUGUGAAUCAUGCAUUUUAUG